AUGGAUUCCACAGAUGGAGACACCAAUAAGGCUUCAGAGAAUAAGGAAAUGACAGAUGUAUCUUCGCAUUUCCAAAUAUUCGACGAGCCUGAUGAUGAAUUGGAGGAAUUCGAUGAAAUCGAAAAUAUAGUCACUGUUGAUGAUCCCGAGAUAGCAGAUUGGAACGAGGAUUGGGAGACUGCCGGAUGGGACGAUGAGGACGCAGAGAGUGAUUUUGUUAAGAAAAUAUUACAAGAACUGGAAAAUUAUCGUAAAUCACACAAUAAUAAUUAA